AUUUGAAAGCAGCCGAUGCGACACUACUUUGUCGUGAUGAUGAUGGCGGCGGCGGCCGCGGUGGGACUUGCAUCCGUGGAGGGAUCGUUAGUGCAUGACCGUAAUGUGGGAGGUUUCCGACAAGUGGACCCUGAUGACGACAACAAGGGCGACUUCUUCACCGCCACGUCGGACAAGGCGCACUAUUCGAGCUCCAACGACCCGUUUGUGUGCGUGACGUCCUUUGACAAGGUGCUCCAGCAAGUGGUGUCGGGCAUAAACUACCAAUUCCACGUGCACGGAUGCGCUGUGGAUGCUCCAUCCAAGGCCAAGGCGGACUGUACCUGCGGAGAUCGACCCAUCCAAAAGUUCGUCAUCGAAGUGUACGCACAAGCGUGGACCCAGACGUACAAGGUGACCAAGGUGUCGACUGUUCCCCAGCGCCAUGAGUUGUAGCAAGCGUCCUUCGGCAAUGGGUUCGUCAUUGUGUGUUGGAGAGAUAUGGCAUUUAACUUCGCUUUGCAAUCUAGUCCAUGAAUCGUGGCCCAAUACAGUAGACGAAUUCACGCCACUCGACAUGACAAACGACGCUCGACACGUGAUGUGGAUUCAUGAUGCGAUGAAUAAGACAAAUACUCGUCUAAUCUCCCUAUUAAUAGCACUAAUUUACCCAUCGA